ACUCGACACCCUCGCUCCUCAACGGCGUCCCCGACUCGGCCGCAAACACGACCAUGGCCCCUGGCGGCCCCAUCCACCAGCGCACACCUGCCACCCGCUGCAGGCGACACCACCACCACCACCAAUGGGACAACAACGAGUGUGGGCCAUAUGGCGAACCCGCCCAGAGCAGGGCUGGGCGACAAGAGGGACGCUGACGCCAAUGCGGCUGACGUCAAGGGCGAUGUUAGUGUUGGCGGCAAGGCGCCAGAAGAGCCCUCAACCGUCUCAUCGGCCGGCACCAACGACAGGAGCGCCAGCGCGUCGUCCGUCACGUCCACAAGCGCCCACGCGAUGGACUCUGACGGGGGCGAGGCCAAGCACGACGAGGGGCUCUGACUCG